AUGUGUGCUCCUGGGAAGCUGCUCCUCCGCCUAGCCGCCGCCCUCUGCUUCCUUACGCUCUCCCAGGCCAGAAUCCCUGGCGUCUACUCCGGCGGCCCCUGGGAAACCGCCCACGCAACCUUCUACGGCGGCAGCGACGCCUCCGGCACUAUGGGCGGCGCGUGCGGGUACGGGAACCUCUACAGCCAGGGGUACGGCGUGAACACGGCGGCGCUUAGCACGGCUCUGUUCAACAACGGGCUGAGCUGCGGCGCCUGCUUCGAGCUCAAGUGCGACGCGGCGCAGGGCGGCAAGUGGUGCAACGCCGGCAGCCCGUCCAUACUCAUCACCGCCACAAACUUCUGCCCGCCCAACUUCGCGCUGCCCAACAACAAUGGCGGGUGGUGCAACCCGCCCCGGCCGCACUUCGACCUCGCCAUGCCCAUGUUCCUCAAGAUCGCAGAGUACCGCGCCGGCAUCGUCCCCGUUAACUUCCGCCGGGUGCCUUGCCGGAAAAAGGGGGGAAUCAGGUUCACGCUCAACGGCUUCCGCUACUUCAACCUGCUCCUGGUCACCAACGUCGCCGGCGCCGGCGACAUCGUGCGCGUGAGCAUAAAGGGCUCCAAAACCGGCUGGCUGCCGAUGAGCCGCAACUGGGGCCAAAACUGGCAGACCAACGGCGUCCUGGUGGGCCAGGCCCUGUCCUUCCGGGUCACAGCCAGCGACCGCCGUACGUCGACCUCGUGGAACGCGGCGCCGGCAAACUGGCAAUUCGGUCAGACCUUCACCGGCAAGAAUUUCCGGGUCUAG